CAGAGGUUGCUAUUGAGCACAGGAGUGAUGGGCACAGCCUCCGAAUCACGGCUUCCUAGACCCGAAAUGCAGAACUGAAAAGACUUCCUUUUCUUCCCUCUGCUAAGCUGCAAAAUUGAUCCUACCUACGUUGGCUGGAAAUCUCGAAGGUGGAAAGGACAGUGUCUCCAGCCCAUCGAUUGAUAGAGCUAUGGGAGGAAGGAGGAGCUAAACGUCCCAUGCCUCUUAACCAGUCAUGCAGGUUUGCUGAUAAAACAGAACGCCACGGGAGCACAGCUGCUAAUUGCAUGCACGUUUACAGUCCAAGGCUCAUCAUGACCAAGCAACGAGUCCUACAGGUAUCCCCUUUGCACCCAAGAAAUGCCAUCUGUGUGGUGGGCACAGAGGUCUUCCUAGACAUACGCAGAUCCAUCCCAAGGGGUGCCACAUCAUUUGACGUCCAUGGUACCUCCGGAGUCAGGGUCUACAUUAUUUAUAACCAUGACUUUGUGAAGGAACCUAUGAGCGAAACACGAUGGCCUCUGGAUGCUAACAUAGAGAUCACAAUCACCAUGGACUUUCCAAGCGAGACCGUCAAUGAUAAUAAGGUUAGGAUUUCAUACUAUGGAGAGAACGGCAAUGAACCUAUAGAGACCGCUUGGUUGUACCUCACCUGUGUCAGUGUUUCUCUGGACACCGACACAAACCGCACCGGGGUGGUGGAGAGCAGUGAAGCAGAGAAGACAAAAUGGACAUGGGGCCCUGAUGGGCACGGAGCCGUGCUGUUAGUGAACUGUGACAGGGACAGCCUGGGCUCCGGGGGCACGGACAACACUCACCCACGCGUGCAAUCCUACGCAGAUCUUCAGGAUAUGUCAAUUAUGAUACUGCGAACGCAAGGCCCCAGUGCCCUUUUUGCUGAAAACAAAUUGGUUCUUCAGGUCCCCGCGUCUGAGGCUGAUAAAGUGAGAGUUUUCCAUGCUGCCGGCAAUGACUCCUACUACCAGUACAAGCCCGUUCUGGGACCAGACAAGCUCUCCUAUGCAGUGGACCAUGCCAGCAGACAGGAGAUUACCUUCUAUGUAGAGGGACUGGCCUUCCCAGACCAGGACUUCUCUGGGCUGGUUUCCUUCAGUGUCAUGCUGCUAGAGGUCUCCAAUGAGGGUUUUCCAGACACUCCAAUUUUCACAGACACGGUGGUCUUCCGGGUGUCCCCGUGGAUAAUGACGCCAAACACGCUGCAGCCUCUGGAGGUUUUUGUCUGCAGCAUCGAGAGUGGUGCAAACCCUAAUGUGGACUUCCUGAGUGCCAUGAGCGCCCUGGUGAGGAAAGCCAACUGCAAGCUGACCGUCUGCCCUCAGCUGGAAAACCGGAGUGACCGAUGGAUCCAGGAUGAGCUGGAGUUUGGCUACGUGGAAGCCCCCCACAAAUUAUUCCCUGUGGUCUUUGACUCUCCUAGAAACCGAGGCCUGCAGAAUUUUCCCCUGCGGAGGAUUUUGGGCCCCGAUUUUGGCUAUGUGACCCGAGAGCCUCCCAAAAGUCAGGUGUCCGGCCUCGAUUCCUUUGGGAACCUGGACGUCAGCCCUCCCGUGACGGUCCAAGGGAAGGAAUAUCCCUUGGGGAGGAUCCUUAUUGGAAGCAGCUUCCCCAGGUCUGGCGGCAGGAGGAUGGCGAAGGUGAUCCGAGACUUCCUCUACGCCCAGGCGGUGCAGCCCCCGGUGGAGGUCUACUCAGACUGGCUGACCGUGGGACACGUGGACGAGUUCCUGACUUUUGUCCCAGCCUCCGAUAGGAAGGGUUUCCGGCUGCUCUUAGGCAGUCCCAGAGCCUGCUACCAGCUGUUCGAGGAGAAGCAGCAACAGGGUCAUGGAGACGCCGCUCAGUUCACUGGGCUGGCGGGUAUGGCGAUAAUAACAAUAGAUGAGAUCCUGGCUAAUGAGACUCUGAGGAGGAGCAAUAGAUAUGCACAGAACUGCAUUGACUGGAAUCGAAAAAUCCUGAAGCAGGAGCUGGGACUGAGCGAGGAAGACAUCAUCGACAUCCCACAGCUGUUUGUGCUGAGAAACUCCUUUGCAGAUGCCUUCUUCCCAAACCUGGUGAACUUGGUCGUCUUGGGGACACACCUGGGCAUCCCCAAGCCUUUUGGGCCCAUCGUCGACGGGCAGUGCUGCCUGGAAGAGAAGGUCCGCUCCUUGCUGGAGCCGCUGGGCCUGACCUGCACCUUCAUCAAUGACUUCUUCUCCUACUUUGAGCUGGAAGGGGAUGUCCACUGCGGCACCAACGUCCUCCGUAAACCCUUCUCCUUCCAGUGGUGGAACAUGAUCCCCUGAGCAGAAGGGUCUGAACCUUGCUCAGCCCCUUUGUUCGAACAAGGGAUAAGACGGUGCUAGCAAAGUGGAUAAAGGCCCCUGGAAGCUGUCGGUCUUAGAGGUCUUGUAAAUAAAGAUAACGCAGCCCAAGGAAUACCUAGGUUUAACUCGCUGUAAGGUAGGUCUGCCCAUGCCCUGCAUGGUCUUCCUUCAGUGUCCCAACACAACAGUCCCACACACAUUGUGUAUACGCAUGUUCAUCAUGCCAGUGCAUUCAUCACAUGCACGCUGGAGCACAGCGCACGGUUGCACAGGUUAACACACCUAUUGCUCAAAACUCAGCAUCUUCCAUGGGUCCUGCUUAGGGCUUUUUGGUUUAGCAACAACUCUGCUUCUGCCCCAUUCAUACGCCUAGCUCUGACUCAGAAGUGAAUCAUUAACUAGUCCCAGAUGGGAGAUCCUGGGCAAG